AUGGUAGAUGAGAACGACCAAUUGUUUUCAUUCGUGAUAAUUUUACACAUUACCAUGUUUUUGUGAAAACAUCGCCGUGCAGAAAAACUGCAAAUUUAAGAGCUUUGUUGUGUUGGAUCUUUAAAGAAAAAGUGAGCCAUGUCACUGUAUGAUGACCUCGAUAUUGACAAGGAAGAGAAAGGAGGCGUUGCAGCUAGCUGGUCUUCUAACUACAAGUUAAUGAAAUCUCAGCUGCAAGCCAAGAAAGCGUCACUAAUACAAUCUAAGAGCCAUAGAAAGUCAAGUACCUUAGCGCCAGUUGUUGACUUCAAGAGAACAGCUGACACCACAGAUAGUCCUUUGAAAUUCAAUAUACAAACAGGAAAGCUGGAAAAUGUACAAGUUCGAGAAAGAGAAACAAGAGAUACACCUGUUGCUUUGGGAGGGUCACCGUUCAUUGCAUCUGACCCAGUGCCGUCACUGACUGGGGUGAAGGAUGAGUACAACCCACUGCGACCCAAUGAUUAUGAAGAUAUCAUGAAGAAAAAACGAGAUCAGAAACAGAAGGAGAGAGAUGAGGACGAGAGAAAGAGAGAUUCGCGAGAUUCACGAGAUAAUCGAGACUCUCGAGAUUUCAGGGACUCGAGGGAAAAUAGAGAUAGAGAGGAUAGGCCACCAAGACGUCGUGACAGAGACCGUGAUAGAGAUCGUGACGUUGGAGAGCUAGAGAGAGCGAGACGAAGGAGAGAAGAUGACGAGGAUGAAUAUGAAAGACCGGUCAGAAAGAAGUCAGAUAUAGGAGCAGCAAUAGCCCCACCAAUGUCAUUGUUGGAGGAGCCACCAAUAAAACAAGAGGACAAUGACAGUCCUAUAAGUGGGAUGAUACCUACAGGAGGGUUGUCAGUGGCGUCUAAGAUUAUGGCAAAGUACGGCUACAAGGAAGGUCAAGGUCUCGGCAAAUCAGAGCAGGGAAUGAGUACAGCUUUAUUUGUAGAGAAAACUAGCAAGAGGGGAGGCAAAAUUAUACAUGAAAGAGAUCUGCCAAAAGACACUCCCAGAGAAUCGGUGACCAACGCAAACUUGUUACGAAAUCCCACAAAAGUUAUCUUAUUACGCAACAUGGUUGGUCCUGGGGAGGUGGAUGAGGAGCUGGAGGGCGAGACAUUUGAGGAGUGUGGAAAAUAUGGCAAGGUCAUCAAAUGUCUUAUAUUCGAGAUGCCAGAUAAUCCAGAUGAUGAGGCUGUGAGAAUAUUUGUGGAGUUUGACAGAAUAGAUUCUGCAAUUAAAGCAAUUAUCGAUUUAAAUGGAAGAUACUUUGGUGGCCGUGUAGUGAAAUGCUGUUUUUUCAAUCUCGACAAGUUUCGAAGAUUAGAUCUUGGAGCAGACAUUGAUAUGCCGACCUAGCAUGCAAAUGACACCAGAUAAAUGUUUUUAUCUCAACAUUCUGUUAGAGUUUGGGCAAAAUAUGUGGGCUUUGUGAAGAUUGUUAGCAGACUGAUAUAGAUAUUGUUUUCCUUGAUGAACUUACCUUUUAAAAACAAAAGUAUAAGAACUAUAAAGACACUUGUCUUAUGUUUCAUAGUGAAUGGCAUUUCAAACUAAACUUUUGAAAACUAAGUGUCAGAAUAGUAUAACGUUUUUAUUUCAUUAAAUGGUGUUAUAAUGAAACAAAAUAAAAUGGGAAUGCAGCACAUAUGUUCAUUAUUCAGAGUUUUUCUACUGUGGGACAAUUUUCAUUCAAUUUUGUGAUUUUCAUACACAAUUUUGUUUUUCUUGACUGUUCCGGAAAGCCAUGAGUUCAUAUGAGCUGCAUUAAAGGCUAUAGAAUGCCAAUUUAGCAAACAAGAAUAUGUCUUCAAACAGAAUUUUUGCUGCCUGUCAUUAGAGGACCACUAUCCCAAAUAGACCACUACGAAUAUAUGUAAUACAGUCACACAUGUGCUUAAAGAAACAGCUGUGAAUAAAGAUCACCUAGCUCUAAAGACUACUAGUUGUGUUCCUUAUCAAAACAUUUGUACAUUGUAGUUUGUUUUUAAAUUGUUAAUGUAGAUGUUAUGACCCUCCUGGCCAUGGUCUUAGAAAUUAUACAAGUCUUAUUGUGCUACUGAAAAUGGCUUAAAACUUCAUUGGAAUAUCUGCUGUAUGUGUUCGGGAUACGGACUAUUCGAAAGCUAUAGGGGAAUAUUCAAUAGGACUAGAGGAUACUCUGUAGGAAUAGGGAAGUCACUGGGAAUAGAGGAUAUGCAAUAGGAAUAGGGAAUAUUCAAUAGGAAUAGAGGACAUGCAAUGGGAAUAGAGGAUAUUCAAUAGGAAUAGGGAAGUCACUGGGAAUAGAGGAUAUGCAAUAGGAAUAGGGAAUAUUCAAUAGGAAUAGAGGAUAUGCAAUGGGAAUAGGGAAUAUUCAAAAGGAAUAGGGAAUAUUCAAUAGGACUAGAGGAUAUUCAAUAGAAAUAGGGAAUAUGCAAAUGGAAUAGGGAAUAUUCUAUAGGAAUAGAGAAUAUUCAAUUGGAAUAGAAGAUAUGCAAUAGGAAUAGAGAAUAGUCAAUACAAAUAAAAGGCCAUUGGUAGCUUUAAAUCAGUAGAAAUAUGUUUCAGUCAGUAAUAUUUUUGAAAUCAUACACAUAGAAAUAUGAUAGUUCAAAUUAAAAAAAAAAAAAGACUAUAUUUUAGAAUAAAUGAUGUACA